CGCUCGUCCAUCCAUCACAUCUGGCCUAACCUCCUCAGUCGCCCCCCUUCCCUCUCCACCCAGCCCAGUGAUGCUGCCUGCGGCCUCCAAAGGCCCGUGUGUGUGAUGGGAUAGGGCGAAUAACAACAUACUGUCGCAUGUAGCCCGCACCACCGUCACAGUCGUCGCCUUGGUGCCUGUCUUCGCAUCUGACGACCAUGCCGCAGCCCAGGAAGAAGCCGAAACUCACGGCACCGCCAAUCUGCACCGGGAAAAGGCAAUGGGGCGACGAAUGAGUGCAUGCCGGUUCCUGUUCGCAUGCGUACCACAGAGAGGGGGAAGAGGAGGAUGUUUCGCUGCACGAUUGACGCAUACACGCCCGUCAGAGCACCGAAGAUGCCGCCCACCAUCGCACCCUAAACAAACAACAACACGGCCAAAAGACAGAUUGAAUCGCGGCAUACCACAGGCAGGCAGAGGGCUCCCUCCCUCCCUCCCUCGCUCCCUCACUGACCAUGUUGAUGCCCAUCUUGAUGCUCUCGAGGCACGCCAGCACCCUGCAGUCACAGGACAGGCGCCAGGCAAGACACGGCCAUUUCCUCGUGUGAUCCAUUCUGUUGGUUCGGCGGUGCGGUGGUUGCCUGGGGUUGGUGAUCCAUGGUUCCCUCCCGCCGUGCAUGGCCGCCCGCCUCUCCCGCUCCAGGAUGGCGUCGUCACGCAGACCAUCAGACUCCACCACUGGGGAACUGAUUGAUGCACACCGUACCAGUGACACACAAUGGAACGCUCGUGUGUGUGUUGAUUUGUUUGGUCUUGGCCUGUGCGAUGCGAUGCGGUUCGUACAGGUAUCUGGAGAAGUCUUCUUUGGCGUACUCGUCCUCCCCCGUGGGGCUGCUCUUGCGGCCAAACAUCGGGAUGAAACUGAACACACACACACACACGCACGCACGGAACAACCACAGCAUGCACAGUAAUGCAUGGACAAGACCUCCCUCCUCUCCCCGUAGCUACCUUGUUGGCGGCUUCAGCGAAGUCGCCAGCCCCCCAGCAGCAGGAGCCUCUGCUGCGGCGGCUGAUUUCUUGGUGUCUGUCGACGCGAUGGGCGGUGGGCUGAAGCCUUUGAACUCCCCCACAGGGGGCGCCAAGUCGCCGGACAGACCCUUCCAUGAACGAGGAGGCUCUGGGGCAGACAGACAGACGUGCAAUGACGCCCAUGCAUCUAUCGCAGACCACGUGCUCAGGUGUCUUCCUUCGUUAGUUACCUGGCGGCGGUGCGAGAGGGUUUCCUGCGGGCGGCGGUGGCACGAACGCAUCGAAUUCACUCGCCUCCUUCUUCUCCUCCUUCUUGCCGCCGCCAAACCUGCGCCACACACAACACGCACAAACACACACACUCACACACACAUCCAUAAAUGAAUCAUGUGUGCGUCUGUCAAUCAUCUCCCCUCCUGACCACGACAUGCUGCUGAUGCAGAUCUCCAACAACAACUCCUUAGCUGAGCUGGCAGGCUUUCCCCAGCUCGCACCUUUUUGGGGUGUGGUUUGCGCUGUUUCCGGCUGCAAGGGCAU